UUAAACAUAAGGCGGCUCUCACUACCGUCUGACAUGAGGAGAAUUUUGAAUUCCCUUGGAUGGUGGUGAAUCUUUGUAAUUCUCUACAGUAGAAGGAUGGAGGUCACAGAUUUCUGAUUACCAACGGCAUUCAGGGUGAGUGGAAUCGGGCGGGUAAAGGGCACUGGAGUAAUCGAUCAGACAGAAUCAUGUUGAAUGGUGGGGGUUGAAUAGCCGGGACCCGUUCCGAUUUCCUGUAAUCAGUCUCUGAGUAUUGCAGUGAAAUUCCUCGGGGAAACGCUGAACUGAACGUGUUCACCAGCGCCGGAACAUUGAAACUGAAAGCGGUUUGAAACAGGAAGUACUGAGGGUGAACAUGGCUUCCAGACAGCAGGGAGAGAGUUGGACCGAGGAGACAGUUUGUCCCAUUUGUCUGGAUUUCUUCACUGAGCCGGUUAUACUGGAGUGUGGACACAACUUCUGCCGCUCCUGUAUCACCCAGAGUUGGGAAAAGAAGGAGAUGAACUCCUGCCCGGAAUGUAGAGAGGUGUUUCCGGAAAGAAACCUCAGGGUAAAUCGGGCCUUAGCGAAUCUGGCCGAGAAAGCUCGAAAAUUAAAGCUGGAUCCGACAGAGAAGGAAAGUAAACCUCACUGUGAGGUACAUCAGGAAGAUCUGAAGCUGUUUUGUGAAAUUGACAAUAAAUUGAUCUGUCUGAUUUGUAGAGAUUCGCGGGAACACAGAGAGCACCGCUUCCUGCCGAUCAAUGAGGCUGUUGAAAUCUACAAGGAUCAACUGAAAUCUUCCUUAGAUUCUCUCACAGAGAAGAAAUCGGCGGUUCUACAAACCGAACUGACCCAGAAACGGAAGAUUUCCGAAGUGAGGGAACAGGCGAGCAGUCUGCAGACCCACAUCACAUCCGAGUUCACUAAAAUGCACCAGAUUCUCACUGAGAAAGAGCAGCGUUUACUCAGAGAUCUCAGGGAAGAAGAGGAGAGGAUUGUAGAACCAAUGGAGAAAAACCUUCGAGAGAUUCAGGAGAAUUUAAAUUCUAUUGAGGAGGAACUCUCAAAGUUGCAGAAACAAAUGGAACAAAAAGACGAGCUGAUAUUUCUGACGGAGGAAGCUUGUCGGAAGAGAAGGAUUACUGAGGAGCAGAACCCACUUACAGCUGCUGGUGCCUCUCUAUCUCUCAGACAGUUCACUUGCCCUUUACUAUGCACAGUCAGGACAGAAACAAUACACAUCAUUUAUCCAGCUCCUGCCUCUCUGACUCUGGAUCCGAACACAGCGCAUCCCCAGCUCAUCCUGUCUGAGGACCGGACCAGUGUGAGACUCGGUGACACAGAGCAGCCGCUCCCUGACUCCCCGGAGAGAUUUGAUUUCUGGUUCUGUGUCCUAGGAUCAGAGGUAUUCACAUCAGGGAGACAUUACUGGGAGGUGGACGUGGGGGAGAAGACCCGGUGGAUUCUGGGAGUGGUCCGAGAGUCUGUGAAGAGGAAAGGGAGGAUCACCCCGAGCCCGGAGACUGGAUUCUGGAUUGUGAGGCUGUUUCCUGGGUGUGGUUAUUUUGCCUCCACCUCCCCCUCUCUGACUCCCCUCUCCCCAAGUGAGAAUCCCCAGAAGAUUGGAGUUUUCCUGGACUAUGAGGGUGGACAGGUGUCAUUUUACAAUGCGGACACCAUGUCCCAUCUCCACACUUUCACCCACACUUUCACUGAGAGGAUCUUUCCCAUCUUCAGUCCGGGAGGGAAUGACGACGGGAAAAACUCCACCCCGCUGACAAUCUGCAGGAUGCAAGGGCACUGACAGAUCCAUCCAUUAAAUUUCACCCCGUCCCCCUGCCUCCUGCCAGCUGUAAACUGAUGGGGUUCAGUCUCAGUCUGGGGGAGAGAAGAAACAAAUAGAAGCUCAAUUGUAGAGAGGGACUGACUGGGUAGAAUGAGCUGUGAGCUGCAGGAACCCGGGAACCUUCCUGCCUGUAAUGUUGCUCCACAGGUGGGAGGUGGCGCUACAUGACGGUGUUGGAGAUGAAUCAGUCAGUGGGUCUCAGACUGGGCUCAGUGGGGUCUUUCCAGGGGGGACACCAAAUCAUUUCACUGCAGGGUCAGUGGAGUCUUUCCAGGGGGACUGGGCUCAGUAAAAAUAAAAAUGUCAGACUGAUCUUCAUUCGACUUUAGCCAUGUGUCAGUAAUGUAUAUCACACACAUGAUUUAAUAACAUGGAGAAACUGGUCUUGUUUUGCUCAGGUUUGUAACUAUUGCCCAGAAUAUUACUUACUGCUCUUUCAUAAAAUUGGAAAAUUUGAAAACCUCAGACUUGAAAGUGAUGGGUGAAUUGAUCAUUUAUGUCAUGAUCAGAUAAUAUUUAACCGUGUUUGAAACCGUUCAGCUGGUACAAACUGCAAUGUAGGUGGAGUCACAGUUAUCACUUAUCCCUGUGUUAUUGCUCUCUCAUCAUUAUCUCCUGUGAAAUAAUCCUUAAGUCACUCCAAUAAAAAUAUCUGUUUGAUAAAAAUCCUUACGCUAGCACUCUGUGCACGGAACCAAUUCAGAUUUUGUCAAUGUUUAUGUUUAUGUAGUUAUAAUUUAUAUUGGAAUGCCGUCUCAAAUUUGAAAAUAGUUUCUUCAAUCAAAUCAAUAUCUGUGAUUCUCUCGAGUGGA